UUCCGUUCUUCUGGUUCGGCUCUGCACGUCGUCGGACCCCCUUCAUUUUCCGCAACUCGACUUCGGGGUUCGAAGCCUAGGUCAAAGUCUCGGAGCCUGUCCUCUCUCUCGCUGUCAGGUCGUCUCUGUCCCGCGUCACCCUGAGCUCCUCGAGUCCGGCGCCGUGUGGGGCGCGGCCGUCCGCGCGCUUUCGCCCCGCUCCCCGUCUCCCUCACUGGUCGGUGGCCGCACGGUGUUCGACGCCCUCGGGCAGAGCGGAAGCGGGGGGGGGAGGGCGCCAUGUGGCGUUUGCGAGCUGUCGGAAAGUUUCUGGAGAAAGGACGGCAGAGUGGGAGAGCGGACAAGCAGCUGGAGGAAGAAUAGACAGGAGAGAGAGAAGUAGAAAUGCAGAGAGGGAGCGGGACAAUGGGAAAAAAGAAACAAGGAGAGAGACGUUUCCAGAGAGAAGCACGCAGUAGAGAAAGGAUGAGACCUGCAUGUCAGUGAGAGUUGAGCUGAUUGGUUGUGGAACAUUAAGUUGUGAAGCAGUGGUUUGUACGUUACACAGAAGCGUAUGAGAAUUUAGAAACCAUUUGUGUUUCUAAAGGUACUGGCUCUUCUAAUUACUGCCAGUUCUAGUUCUAAUAUCGUAGCAGACGACACCGUGCGCAGCCCCUUAUGCAUCCUGCAGGCCGACCUCUGAGUCAGUUCCAGGUCUUCCUCUUUGCGCAGAAAGUGAGAGAGAGGCCAGACCCUCUGACACCACCUGGCGCUUUUUCAAACGCAUGUGAACUCUAUUUAGUUCCCACCGUUUUUCUGAGUUUGAUAUUUUCCCAAAGUUUUUUCCCCUCUAACGUCUAUCGUUUAGAUGAUGAGAUUGAAAUGCAUUCUAUUCUUUAUCAUACAUUGAAACUUUCGUAUCUUAGCUGAUUUGACAGUGCUUCACUGUGCGUUGGUGUGAAUGUUGAUAAUCAAAACGUUAUGUAACCAGUUAUUUUAUACUCAGUGCCCUUCCUGUGUCAUUUAAUUAGUAAGCUCAAGUCUCCAAGUAAGUAGUUACAAUAUACCCCUCAAGUCUGCUUUGUCCUUUUUGUGCAAGUGUGGAAUUAUGGGCUGAAUUAAUGUGGCGUUUUCUUCCAACAGAGCUCAUCUGUUCAUAAUGAUGAAGAGAUUGCUCUACAAUUGAAAUUCCUGCCUGUUUCCCAGGAAUGAUAGCUACUUACAAUUUCAUGUUUAAAUAUUUUUCUGGGAAAGAGAAAUUGAAUGCCUGAUACUGACUGAACUUAAAUAUAAACCUAAAAUAUGUGCUUCUCUGACUCAGGAAUAUCAAGGAACUCUUGAAUAAAGACAGAUCCGUUCUACUGCCCUGUCCAGCCUUUUCAAAUUUCAGUUUUACCAAGCUCUUACUCAACUUAGACCUUUUCAGGGUAACUUAAUGGAGUCAUUCAUCAUGAGGAAUUCCGAGUCUAACCAAACGAGAUCCUUGAAAUGAUUUUCAAAAUUGGGACUGUUUGCAGUGGCAAUUUUUUGAGAGCAGGUGCCCAGUUAGAAUCUGAAAUGAUUCUCAGCCCUCCAAAAAUGAUGAACAUUAAGAAAGAGGCAGAACCAUAAGCUCUAAGACCAAAAAAAGUUGCCCACCUUAAUACCUUUCUCCUUUCCUUUUCUCUCUCCUUCCUGCCUCUUUCUGAAUCAGGAGUAAGUUUUAAAUUUUAUUGUGUUAUCUGUCUCCUGGCAUUAAAUUUUUCUAUGGUUUCCCCGAACCCCCCAAACAAAAAUCUAAACUCGGUAUAGCAGUAGCAGUAAUUCUGGAGCUGGGAUGGCUCUUCAGAGUUAGUCCUAAUUGAAGGAAGAGACAAGCUCUUCAGUUCAAUAUUGAUAGUCAGUGCUGGCUACACAGCUAGAGGCCAUGAACUUAGAGGAAGCAGUUCCUUUGGCCAAAUACGCAGUAUUCAGAAUACAGUGGAAGCCAGACAUGUGCAUAUUUCUUAAAAGGGGAGGGGUAUUUGGACUAUGAGUGAAAAAAAUCUCAUUCAUCAGUGUAUGUGAGUUUAUUGUUCCUCAUUCCCUCUUACAAUGGGCAGCAGAUGACGAUCUUUUCCCCAUACUUAGUUUCUCCAUGUGUGUGAAAAAAAAUCCAUUUGCUUUAGUUUUCCUACCUCUUCCCUGAUCAGUCAACGUUUUCUCUGCUUGUGUCCCCUGAAUCCUGUUCUCUAAAUAUGACAGUGUCCCACGCUUUACCCUUGAAGCUCUUCUCGAUAAUACCCACCUUUCUUUUUCACCUUCUUUAUGGCUUUGACACCAUACGUAUAUCUCCAUUUACCCUGCAGACCUCUCCCAGGAACUUAGAAUCCUGUGUGCAUGUAUCACCUAAACUCUACUGGGACAUCCAACAGGUACCUCUACCUUCAUAGUCCUCAUGUGACUUCCUGAGCUCCGCAAAUGAUGUCCUGUAUAGUCCUAUCUCAGGAUUAACUUUUAAAGACUCUUGUUACAUAAGGAAGAAGCCUGAAAAAGGAAGAAGAGGAAAGAAAAAGUCAGAAAUGGCUGUUACUCAGGGUCUGUUGACAUUCAGGGACGUGACCAUAGAGUUCUCCCAGGAGGAGUGGGAAGACCUGGCCCCUGCUCAGAGGACUUUAUACAGGGACGUGAUGUUGGAGAACUACAGGAACCUGGUCUCCCUGGGAAGCUCUCCUUUUGACUUGAACAUUGUCUCCAUGUUGGAGCGAGGAGGAGAGCCCUGGAGUGUAGAUGACCAGGUGAAAGUGUCCAGAAACUCAGAUUGGUGGGAAUGUGUCAAAGGUGUGACCACAGAUACCUCUCCUAAAUCUGUCAUCAAGGAAUUUCCUCCAAAAAGAAAAAGUGAUACAGGAGAAAUGUUCCAGACAGUAAUGUUGGAAAAACAUAAAAUCCAUGACAUUGAAGAAUUGUGCUUCAAAGAAAUCCAGAAAAAUAUACAUGACUUUCAGGGCCAUUGCAGAGAGGGUGGAAGAUUUGACAUAGGAUUCUGUGUGACUCACAAGGAAAAUCUCAAUGGUAGAAGAGAUGACUGUGGUAGAAAGGAUACAGGAAAGAAACAUGUUAAAAAUUGUCUCGGAUUAAGCUUUCAAUCACAUCUGCCUGACCUGCAGCUAUAUGCAAAAGAAAGGAACAUUUAUGAGUGUAAUUAUAUUGAGCAGUCUAUCAACAUUGAUUCCUCGCAUUCAUGCCACGAAAGUAAUUCUUCUAGUGUCAAAACAAACAUUUCUCAUGAAUAUGAAAAUGAUUUUAUUGAUUGUUUGUUUUUCACACAAGAACAGGACAUGCACAUUAGUACAAAACCUUAUGGAUGGAAUGACUGUGGCAAAUCUUUUAACCAAGGCCCACUAUUUACUAUGUAUCAGAUAGUCCUGGAGGGAGAGAGAGAAAUUAUAUGUGAUAUAUGUGGCAAGAUCUUCAAUCAGAAAUCAAAUCUUAUAAAUCAUCGGAAGAUUCAUACAGGUGAGAAACCAUACAAAUGCAAUGAGUGUGGAAAAGUCUUCAGUCGUAUUUCUCACCUUGCACAACAUCAGCGAAUUCAUACUGGAGAAAAACCUUUCAAAUGUAAUGAGUGCAGCAAGGUUUUCAGUCACAAGUCAUACCUAGCAAAUCAUCAGAGAAUCCAUACUGGAGAGAAGCCUUACAAAUGUAAUGAAUGUGGUAAAGUCUUUAAUCAAAUUUCACACCUUGCAAAUCAUCGUAGAAUUCACACUGGAGAGAAACCAUACAAAUGUAAUGAAUGUGGCCAACUAUUCCAUCAAAUUUCACACCUUGCCCAACAUUGAACAAUUCACACUGGAGAGAAACCUUUCAAAUGUAAUGAAUGUGGCAAAGUCUUUAGUCGCAGUUCUUACCUUGUACAACAUCUGAUAAUUCACACGGGAGAAAAACCUUAUAAAUGUAGUGAAUGUGGAGUCUUUAACCAUAUUUCACACCUUGUACAACAUCAUAGAAUUCAUACAGGAGAGAAACCUUACAAAUGUAAUGAAUGUGGCAGUGUUUUCAGUCAUAAGUCAUCCCUAGCAAAUCAUCAAAGGAUCCAUACUGGAGAGAAACCUUACAAAUGUAAAGAAUGUGGUAAAGUGUUUAGUCGUAAUUCUUAUCUUGCAGAACAUUUGAUAAUUCACACUGGAGAGAAACCUUUCAAAUGUAAUGAAUGUGGCAAGGUAUUCAGUCGCAAUUCCCACCUUGCAUGUCAUCGUAGCAUUCAUACUGGAGAAAAACCUUAUAAAUGUAAUGACUGUGGGAAGGUCUUCAGUCAAAACUCAUAUCUUGCAUGUCAUCAAAGAAUCCAUACUGGAGAGAAACCUUACAAAUGUAAUGAAUGUGGCAAAGUGUUCAGUCUAAACUCAUCUCUGGCGCAUCAUCGGAGAAUUCAUACUGGAGAGAGACCUUAUAAAUGCAGUGACUGUGACAAAGUGUUCAGUCUAAACUCAUCUUUAGCACAUCAUCGGAGAACUCAUACUUGAGGAAAACCUUAGAAAAUGUAAACAGUGUCUGAAGAUCUUUAGUCAGAUUUGACAGCUUGUGCAUAGGAUCACUUCAGGAGUGAAAUCUUACAAGUUCAUUGAGUGUUACAAAGCUGUUUGUUUAAGCCUUACUAAGCAUGUAGUCCAUACUGGAAAAAAUAUCUCAAGGUCUUCUAUGACAGUUCCUAAGUUGGACUUCAUUGGAGAUUUCAUCCCAGAAAGAAAGCUGAGAAGUGAAUGAGGCAAAAGUCUUCAGUCAGUGUUCAAGCCUAAGAAGCUUUGGAUUCCUGCUGGAAAGAUAAUUUUCAUGUAUUGUAAGUGAGACAGGCCUUGAGUUAUCGUUUAACAUUAUCAUUUAACACAUAACCAUAUGCUAAUCCAUAGUGGAGAGAAACCUUACCGAUGUAACAAUGCCUUAAGGUGAAAAUGUGACAUUAGCAUUCACCAAAAAAUUCAUAGUUGAAGAAAACCUCACAAAGGAAUAAGAAUGGCAAAUCUGUGAUUAUGCAGUCAGGCCUCAGUACACUAGUGUAUCCACAAAAAUGUAAUCAGUUUUGCAAAUCCUCUUUUCACUGCUUACACUUGAAGACAUAUCAGAUAACCCAUGCUGAAGAGACAUUGUAGAAAUGUGAUGAAUGUGCAAAUUCAAACCUCGCAUAACACUGGAUAAUUUGUACAUGGAUGAUGUUUUACAGAUGCAAUGAGGAUGGCAAAACCAUCAUGAAUUCAAGCAAUAUCCCAAUGAGUACUAAAGAACAACUUAUUAAAAACCAUAAUACAUGUACAACAGACUUCUAGCUCUCAGAAUUCACUAGGGCAUCAAAUGAUGUCUUGAGGAAGCCAUACAAGGGCAAUGGGCAUAGUAAGGCUUUUUAUCCAAGCACCAGAACUAUAGAAUAGUUGAACUGGGGAGAAACCUUACAGAUGUAAUUAAUAUAGUCUUUUGUGAAAUAUUGAUUUUGUGGUCAUAAAAGAAUUUGUAGAGUGAAACCAGAUAAAUAUAGUGAGCUUAGAAAGUUCACUUUUGCCAAGUGCAGUAGUACAUACCUAUAGUCCCAGCACAUGGGAGGCUGAGGCAGGAAAAUAACCACAAGUUCGAGGCUAGCCUGGGCUGCAUAGUUAAGGGCCAGCCUGAACUGACCCUGUCUCAAGUUUUCAAAGAUGUAUCUUCAUGAUUCACCAAAGAAUUCAUAUUGCAAAGAGCUCUUACACUAUAAUGUAAUCCUCAAAUGUACUCCAUAUCACAGAAUUUAUAUGAAUAAGUCCCUUUCCAAAGUGAAACUUUUUGUCUUGCACACUGCAGAAUAAUUACAAGUUAAACUAUAUUAACAUCCUGAUAAUACAUCAAAGAUGGGAGGAUAUUGGUAAAUGGCCAAAUACUUUCAUAUUAUAAAAUAACUGCAUUCCUUGAGUUUUUUUGAAAUGAUAUGUAUAUUUGAAUUUUAAUCUGAACUUUAAAACCUAUUGAAAUACUUUUCUUACAGGCUUUUCAUAGAGGUGUCUUCAAAGGCAUCAGUAAAAUGAAAGGCUUAACCUCAAAGUGAGAAACACUCUUGGCCAUGUUCCUUUGGAACAAAGACACUGCCUUUUUAAAUUGUUGUUUAUAUUAAAGAGUAUUUGGGCCUGAUGUCAUGGUACACGCUUAUGAUCCUAGCCUCUUGGCAGAAUGAGGCAGGAAGAGUACAUUUGUUGCCAAUCAGGGAACUAGUGAGAUCCUGUGAAACUAAAAAGUUUCUGUGUGAAACUAAAAUACAAAGGACUGGGGAUAUGGUUCAGUGGUAAACUGUUUCCAUAGCAUAUUCAAGAAGCUGUGUUCAGUUGCCAGUACAAAAGCAAACAAACGAAAUACAAGUGCUAUCUGGGUCCAAGAACUUCAUUCAUUGCAUGAUUCUGGCAAGCAUGGCCACAUUCAUAUUUGUAUGGGUAAGAUGGCCCUUGUCGUGUUUGUCACCCAACGCAGAAUUGACAAAAUUUUUCCAAAUGCUUCUUUCUGGGAACCAAAUCGUUGGCAAGCAAAAGCAUGUAUGAACAAGGGUACCACGUGUGUGUGUAUAUAUAUAUAUGUAUAUAUAUAUAUAUGAGGCUGGGAGUGAUUUACAAUUGUACCAGUCACCUGCUGCUCCAUUAAUUUGCCAGGAAACGUAAAAGAAAUGUCUGCCUCCACAUUGAGAGGUUACAUGACUCAGACAAGUGCAGCUUGGCAACAAAUUCAGUUUGUGAGGGGUCACACAUAGCAGAGAACAUGCACACUGCAGCACUUCUGAAGUUUCUAAUUGCCUUCAGGAAGCUACUGAGUUUAUAAGGCCGUGGCAUUCUCAACAAAGCGGGUGAAAAACACUAGAGCCCUUGGGACUGUGUGUUCUCCAUUCCCAUCCCAUCCCUUUGACAGACUCUCCCGGUCUUAGCAAGCCCUGUAAGGCCAGUUUGUGGGCCUUGUUAUGCUGCAGUCUGCCACACAGUCUUGGCACCUAGUGAGGACCCACUGGAAAGUUGCAGUGACUCAAGACAGUAUGUGUCACUGCCUUUAUCAUUUCACCCUUGGGAAUUCUCUGUGCUGCAAAGGGUGUGCCCUGAUUGAAAAGCCACCCCUAUUCCUUACCUGUGAAUGUCAAGAUCCAGAUUCUCCAAGGCAGGGCUGUUAAGUAAGGAUGAAGUUGGUUCAGAAUGAAUUUAGGACUUUAGCAGAUUCCUUGGUGGCCAUCACCAUCUGUCACUUAUACCUAAGAACCUUUCCUUCACAAGCUCCUAGCUUUGUUUACCUUUUGGUAGGGCUGACACGAGUCACUUCUUAAUUUUUGUGCUUUCUGUGUAUUACCCCCUUGUCCUUAUGAGAGUUUCGCUGUAAGCAUCCCUGAUUAUUAUUUCUGCUGUAUAUCAUCUCUUGAAUGUUUUUCCAUUCAUUAGUCUUGAUUGGUCUUCCAUUGGAGGGUAAGCAGAGAAUCAGAGGCAGUGUCAUACCCUCAGCCACACUGAACCAACAAAGGUUUAUAAGGAUUAACUGCUGGGUUAAAAAAAAUUGAUACAUUUUAGGUAUACAGUGUAAUGACAUUCAUCUUUGGAAA